AAUGAUCCGGCUAUUUACUGAAAUGAUAUGACACCUAUAAGCCCCCAUCAAUUGACGGCGUACUCCAAUCGCUCAUCGUGAAAUCUGACACCGCUGUAAGGCAGACAAGACGUGAGGAAAGUGUUGAUUUUGAACAGUGUAUAAACAAUUUGCUAAUUACUCUAUUGUCACGGAAGAAUUGGAUGUUGCAUUUUCUGGGAAUCUUUCUCUAAGAUCUGUUCUGAAGUCUGUGCAAUACAUCAUAAUAAUCAUGAUAUCGGACGGUAUGAAUGAACAGAAUGAUUUAACGAUGAUAUACUUAUUUAUAUCGCAUGAAUAAUACCGUGCAUAAUUAGGAAUCAGCUAUAAUUAUAAAAAACUAAAAUGAGUCGACAAGGAUCUAACUCGUUUUCUAUUGACUCGCUUAUAUCUCCAUCCGUCCGUUCACGGAUAACGCCAAUGAUGUACAAUAACAAUUACAUGAUGUUCCCUCAAACCGGAAGUUCCGCUUAUAUCCGCAGCAACCAGGAGGCGACGUCGUCGGAUUUUGCUUUGUCGUCGGCAAUGCUGCAAUACGCAUCAUCAUUCCAACGUUUUCCACUUCUCCCGUCAUCGGGGGCGCUAUUUCCCGGCCAGUUGCACAGCGCGUUCACCAACACCGGAUAUAGCGCGUAUCCGCGAAUUGGUGAUUUCGGCGGCUUUGUUCCGUCAUACGAAAGACAGACGCAUAAAGCGGACUUUGAUGACGCCUUACCGGAAGACAGUGACGACGACGGGCGUCCCAAGGAUCUUCGGGUAUCCGGUGGAGGUCGGGGUGACGCAUACGAUAAUGAUGUCACGGAGCGAUAUCACGAGGAUGACGUCACGAGUAAUAUUUCCGGUGCAGAUGGUUCGGGAUGCGAGAACAGCCUCGACUUUUCUAUGGAGGAAGCGGAACUAGGUCAGGAGUCAAGGUCGUCCGACAUUGUUGAACGCGACGGCGUUGGAUCCGCCGACGACCAGCUAGAAAGGGCCAACAAAAUCUUACUUCCAUCGGGAAAAACCCGACGGCGACGGACAGCAUUUACGUCUGAGCAAUUAUUAGAACUAGAAAAAGAAUUCCAUAGCAAGAAAUACUUGUCCUUAACAGAACGCUCACAGAUUGCGCAUGCGCUCAAACUUAGCGAGGUACAAGUGAAAAUCUGGUUUCAAAACCGUCGCGCUAAAUGGAAACGCGUGAAAGCGGGCCUCGUUCAUGGACGGACGCACGUGGACAGUGUUAACAAGCCAAAGAUUGUUGUUCCCAUACCGGUACAUGUAAACCGAAUAGCCAUUCGAAGCCAGCACCAGCAGUAUGAAAAGUCAGUUAGGACUCCUACGUUUCACUGAAACCAUACAAAGAUGGAGACGUUCACGUGACCGGAAGUUUGGCAGAUCUGAAUGAGACUUGGGCUAUUUCCUUAUCUCAAUUUCAACUCAAAUUUUACAAAUAUAUGUUACAAUUAAAAAUGUCCACUCCCACCUUUAUAGUGUUGGGUGAGUUGGGAGCUUGUCCUAUUGAAAACAAAGUUUAUUCCAUAAUGAGGACUCCUAAAAUAAUAAUGUUGAACUUUUGGGGUAGAUUAGUUAGUGGUAAUGAAGAUAGAAUUAGUUCAAUUUUGUAUCGAACUAUGUAUAAUUUACAUGAAAAGGGUAUUCUACAUUGUGAAUGGAUUGUCAAAAUUAAAAAUAUUCUAGAUAACAUUGAAUGUUCAGAGUAUUGGAUUAUGCAGAGUAUACCUAAUUUAAAUUAUUUUAAGAAUAAAGUGAAAUCUGCAUUGUAUGAUCAAUAUCUACAAAACUGGCAAAGCAGUGUUUAUGAUUCUCCUAAAUGUUUGAACUAUAGGAUUUAUAAAAUUGAAAUGAAACUGGAGAAUUAUCUGCAAUGUUUGCCAAAAAACUUGGUUAUUGAUCUUUGUAGAUUUAGAUGCCUAAAUUUUAAUUUACCUAUUGAAAAGGGUCGUUUCUAUGGCAUUGAAAGAGGAAAAAGACUUUGUUCACUGUGUGACAGACAAGAACUAGGAGACGAAUUUCAUUAUAUUUUUAAUUGUAAUCACUUUAGACGUAAAUAUGUUAAUCAUAACUUCUAUAGAUAUCCAAAUAUUUUGAACUAUAAAAAAUUAAUGUGUAGUUCUGAUAAAAAUACGUUGAUAAAGCUAGCACUCUUUGCAAAAAUAAUAAUGCUGAAUUUUAUUUGAAUCAUCUUCCUUAAUUUUAUUCUAAAAUACUUUUCAUGAUAUGCUGAUAUGUUUUUUGUUGGGUUUUUUUGCUGUUCAUCUUCAUAUUUAUAUUUUUCUUGCUGUUGUAUGUUUUGAUACAUGUUUUGUUACCUCUCAUGCCCAUGUGGGCCAAGAGUAUGAAUACAACUUGAAACUUGAAACCUUAGUUUUGAUUAGAAAAUGUACUCUCCUGUAGUGGCCGUAACUAUUGUUUGUGAAGUCAAAUCUUAUCAAAUUUUGGGUACGAGUUUGGAACGUUGUUUAACGCCCAUUAAUCUACGAGCCCGCGCAUGACGUCACAAUAUAUGACGUCAGAGUAGUGCGGUCUUAGCCACAGUCAUGAAUGUUUAGACCAGUAAAACAGCAGAUAAGUAUAUAUAAUUGUGAAAUAUAAAUGGAGUUUGUAUUUUAAAAAUACCUUAGUUAUAAUGCAGCUGAGGGCGUAAUAGCGGUGUUUAAACCUCAUCGCUAAACGUUGUAUAAUUAU